AUAUUACAAUUGGUAGCAUGUGUAGUGUCAUGUGAGCGUCAGAGGGUUGUGUGUUACGUGAUGUGUCGUAAUGUUUGUUAGUAUGUGUCUAUGAAGAUUUUCUCAUUUCUCAGUACUAGAAUGGCAAAAUAUUACACCCUUACACCAAUUCAAUUAGGAUGUGAAAUUAGAAGUGUCGAUCUGAAAACAGAAGCAAGACCGGAAGCUAUAGAGCAAAUCAAGAAAGAUGUUGCUGUUCACCGGUUGUUGGUGUUCAGAGAUCAAGGGAUUGUCAGCGGACAGCGUCAUGUUGAGAUAAGCCGUUGGUUUGGGGAAUUGGAAUCGACAUUUUUCAAACAUCCCAAGUCACCCCAUCCUGAUGUAUUCAGGGUUUCAAAUGACCGAAAUGAAGGCUGUACUGGAGUGGGUCGGACAGGUUGGCAUAUUGAUGGAUCCUUCCAGCCAGCACCUUUCGCUUACUCCCUUUAUCACAUGGUGUCAAUACCUCAGAAAGGUGACACAGUAUUUGCACCCCUCAAUGAAAUAGUUGAGAGUCUUCCAUCUGCAAAAAGAAAAGAGUGGGAGAGGCUGUGGAUGAUGAGUGACCGACGAAGUGGACCAAUUCAUCCUCUAAUCUAUCCUCAUCCUGUCACAGGAAAGAUGACAAUGUGUUUCCAUUUGGGAAUGACAAGUAACUACAUCUGGGACUAUGGUACAUCACAUGAACGUGCGGCUACAGAGGAGGAAUUUGAUAGAAUAACAAAGGACAUCCAUUAUGAAUUUGUAAAAGAUGGAGGGAAAAUCCAGUAUUCACACAAGUGGGAAGAGGGAGACUUUAUCAUCUCUGAUAACCUGGCAGUAGGUCAUGAAGCCACACCUGAAACACAGCUCCCCAGAGAUGAAGUUGGUUUACGUGUAUUGCAUCGCACUACAAUAAAGGGAACAGUUCCACCAGCCAGAUAGCAUCCAAAUUCUAAUUUUUUGUGCAAUUUCCUAUAUUGUUAAAACUGUUACUAUAAUGCAACAGGUAUAUGUAAUACCGUAUUUACGCAUGUGUAGGCCGCGUGCGUGUAUAGGCUGCAGCACAAUUUUCAGACAAAUUAUAGA